AUGAAUAAAAACAAUGAACUUUUCAUUUGCAUUGCCACAAGGUAUACCUUGUACUCCCAAGUAUGCAUUGGGAUCUUAGCCAACACCAUCCUUCUUCUGCUCCACGUCCUCACUCUCCUUCUUGAGCACAGGCUGAAGCCCACUGACCUGACCACCAGUCACCUGGCCCUCAUCCACACAGUAUUGCAGCUAACCACGGGGUUCAUUGCCACUGACAUUUUUGGGUCUCAGAAUUUUUGGAAUGACCUCACGUGUAAGUCAGUUAUCCUCUUGCACAGGUUGAUGAGGGAGCUCUCCAUUUCCUCCACCUGCCUGCUGAGUGUACUCCAGGCCAUCACCCUCAGCCCCAGGAGCUCCUGUUUGGCAAAAUUCAAACAUAAAUCCUCAACUGACAGCCUGUGUUUCUUUCUCUUCCUAUGGGUCUUCAAUACGUCCAUUGGUGGUCGCUUCUUAAUCUCCACUGUUGCCACCCCCAACGUAACCUCAGCCAGUCUUCUGUUUGUCACUAAAUCCUGCUCUCUUUGGCCGAUGAGAUACGUCAGGCUCACAUUUUUCACACUGGCGACAUUCCAAGAUACCUCCCUUAUUGGGCUCAUGGUCCUCUCAAGUGGAUACAUGGUAAGUCUCCUGUGCAGGCAUAAGAGGCAGUCCCAGCAUCUUCACAGCAACAGGCUUGCUCUGAGAGCAUCCCCAGUAGCAAGGGCCACCCAGAGCAUUCUGUUGCUCAUGAGUUUCUUUGUGUUCAUUUACUUUUGGGACUGCAUCAUCUCUACCUCCUCAGGACUGUCAUGGAACAAUGACUCAGUUCAUUUGUGUGUCCAGAUGCUUGUGGGCAACAGCUAUGCAAUGGUCAGUCCUUUGGUGCUGAUCAGUACUGAAAAACGAGUAAUCAAGUUCUUAAAACACAUGUGGGGGAAGGAUCAGAAAUGUUCAGUUAUUCAGAGAUAG